ACACAAUCACAAGUAUAUAUGUAAUAGCUUUGAGAGCUGAAUCAUGCAAUAAAGCAAUAUCUUAACAAGCAUUUUCCGGUCAAAUUUUUGUGCCGCUUCUACAAGUUGCCUAGUUGUGAAUUGCCCACAAAAGCUUGUUCUCAUUGCAGUCACAUGAAAAGUUAAGAAGUCUAUAAAGCUAACACACGAGAUUUAGAGAUGUCACAGCGUUCUUAGUAUGGUUUUCUACAUCAUCCUAGUCAGCGGGCUGGCAAUUGUUUUCGGUUUUGCAUUGAUAGUCGUGUUAGUGUUGUCCUUAAAGCUGAAAAAGGAAAAUGAAAAACAAAUGAUCGUAAGGGAGGAAUCGUUUACUCCACACGAGAAAUUGAACAUAUUCUCGACCGAGUUUCAAGAUGCUAAUGAUGACGUGUUUGAUGAAGACGAAAGCUUAGCACAAACAGUCUCUUUUGCUUUAUAUCACAACAAAGAAGAGAAUGUAUUACUUUUGGAUGUAUGGCUCGUCCUUAACACCCCUCCGGAAUUCACACAAGGUUUCAUUGAAGCGCAAAUAUUUCCAUCUGAUUUUGAGACGGGACAAUUCAUCACGAAAGUGCGCGAAUGUAUUGAUAAUUGUGUUGUCUACAACGAAAGUUUUUGCUUUACGGGCAUCACCCAUGAAAUGCUUUCUCAAAUUUACUUAAAACUCUUUCUUUACAAAAUGGAAUGCGACAUCCUUCCAAGGUGUGUUGGUCAUGAUGUUUUCGCGCUAAAAGAAGUACAAUGGAAACGGUUUGGGAAAACACAAUUGAAACGACAAUUACAACAUCAUGAAAAGUGCGACGCUUCAUUCUCACCUCAAAUAUACACGAUCAUGGAGGAGUCUCCCAGUUCCUCGCCUUCGCGGGCUCACAAAGGAGAACUGUACAUUUCUCUACGCUAUCAAAAAAGCUGUGGUCGAAUCAGCGUGGUUGUCAUGAAGGCAGAGAACAUACCGAGAGGAAACAUUUUGCAGAAUGAUACAUUUGUUAAAGUGAAACUUCUUUAUGAUGGUAAUGUGCUAGAGAAGAAACAAACCAGGACACAAAAACGUACAAAUGCCAGUCCAUGCUGGAACGAACCAUUUGUUUUUAACAUCGAUGAAGACAAAGGCCUCAACAACUACGAGCUUGUAUUUUUAUUGCGCAGGCGCGAUCUUUUCACGCCCCAAUCAACGAUAGGUAUUGUGCGUAUAGGUGCCCAAGUUGGCGGUGCAGGUCAAUCACAUUGGUACGCUAUGUUAGCGAAGGGAAACCUCAUGACGCAAGUAGCAAGACGACACAAAAUAAAAUAACAAAAGCUCGAUACUUGACUGCAUUAACGAAAUAUGAUUUCCUAUUCUCGAGUAGCAUACGAAAUAUAUAGUACAUUUAUUUUAUAACGUAGAGCAAUACUAAAUAAGUCUUCAUAAAAA